AAAGGCCUCAACUUUAUAGCGAAAAAGUGUAAAGCAAAGCAAAGGAAAGGAUAAGCGUGGAGAACGCAAAACGGAAGGAUAAUCUCAAAUGUUUAAUGUACUUAAUAUUUUCUGUAUCCCAUUCCCCAUCGUAAUGGCCGGACAACCCAGUCUCUCAUCAUCAUCAUCUCAUCCCUUCCCUUGUGCCCUCCACGCGUGUCCAUUCUCGAUUCGUGUUGAGAUCUGAUUUUCUUCUUAUCCAUCCUCCGUAUCUGAUUUGAUUUCCCUCCCCUGCUCUGAAAUAUUUGUAUUUGGAUCCGCAAACGCCUUGGUAUUUUGGUUGAAAUGUCGGAAGAAGCAGUCGUAGAGGAUGCGGCUGAGCUGCUGAAGUCAGAUCCUGCGUUCAAGCUCUUUGGACGAAGAAUCCCUGUGCUUUCUGCCUCCUCAGAUUUUUCAGACAGAAGUUCCGAGUCUGCCGACACCUCCGAGGUAACGAAAAAUUCUCACUCCUCAGAUGAAACUAAGUCAAGUUUAUUGUUAAAUAGCAGCGUUUCUCUACAUGCCAACAUUGAAUAUAAGGAACCUUUUAACAAUGAGAAAAAUUUCAAUGGCGAAUCGCUUUUCCAAACGACUCUUGAAAAACCCAGUAUUGGGAGUGAAGAAAGUAUAGAGAAGUACAAUUUAUGUGAUGAGAAACCAAACAGGGGUGUUGUGGAGAUGUCUGAGGAAAGUAUUAAGAAAGAAGAUGAAACUCCCAAGAAGCCCAGUAAGCUUCUGCCAUGUCCUAGAUGUGAAAGCAUGGAUACUAAAUUCUGUUACUAUAACAAUUACAAUGUGAACCAACCGAGGCAUUUUUGUAGGAAUUGCCAGAGAUACUGGACUGCAGGUGGGCUUCUCAGGAAUGUUCCUGUGGGUGCAGGUAGAAGAAAAAAUAAGCACUCUGCAAUAUCUCAUCAAAGGGAUUUGGGUCACGCAAAUGAUUGCAAUUCUGAGGAUUCAAUGAAGUUUGAGCUCUCUCCUCUGGAAAUGGCCAGUCCUGGACAAUCCUUCUCUCAUGCGAAAAAGGGGACAAGAAAUCACUUGAGAGCAUCUGGGGGUCUGGAAACCUCUAGCCUUUUUUCAGAUGAGAGUGAAAAUUUACAGAAAUCCAGUUGCCCUUCAAGUCAAAUGAAAGGGGAAAUUGUUUGGAAUACCAUGUAUUCAUCAGAAAUGAAAACCCAUGAAAAAGGAGGGGAGUCGGUCGAAAUUGGGAAGUUGGACGAUUCUGUUUGUGCUUCAUCAAAAAAAUUAAUGAAAUCAGAUGUUGAGUCGUCUGAGUCCAAUAAUACUCCAAAAGAUCAGGGAGUUAGUUGUGACUUGCUGAAUAGUUCUAUGAGCUGGGUUAGAGGUCCUCCUCCAGUUUGGCCUCUGUAUUGUGGCAGUUUUUUUGGCAAUUCGCCCUUCAUGAAUGCCAUAGGAGGUGCAAUGUUGAACCCUGAAAACUUUCAGUCUAGUUCAAUGUUGCCCUGGUUUCAACCUGGGACAGGACUCUAUCCCGGAUUUGCUUGGCCUUUUCCUUCUGGUCCUAUGUGGGGGCAAGCAAGCUGGGCUCCUGCAUGGGGUAUGCCAUUGGGACCGGUGGCUCCUCCAUCGACAAGUUUAGAUUCAAGUCCAUCAAUGUUGGGCAAGCAUACAAGAGACUUGCCAGCGUCACAUUCAGAGUCCAAAGGGGAUGGAUCUAUUUGGGUCCCUAAAACCUUGAGGAUUGAUGAUCCCGAGGAAGCAGCGAAGAGUUCCAUUUGGGCAACAUUGGGACUAGGCAGCAAGUCAGAAUCAAUCACUACUGGAGGGAUUUUCAAAGCGUUCCAGCCAAAGAUGGAGAACAAGGAUAACACAAAAACUGAUGUUCGUGUUUUAUGGGCAAAUCCUGCAGCAAGUGCAAGAUCAGCUUCUUUCAAUGAGAGCAAUUAAUGUAUGUUUACAAUACUUAGUAGGUUUACUAAAAUCACUUGCCACAAUCUUGUCUCUUAAGGAAAAUUUUGAAUGUCACAGCAUGGUGACUGCUAUUUCUUCAUAGGCUGAUGUCUAGCGUUAGGUCCAGCUCUGUGCAUUUGUACUAACUCCUGGAAUUCAUUGAGACAUUUGAAAGUACCUUCAAUUUGGGGGAAAAAGAUACUGAUGUAAAUAUUUCCACUUCUCGAAACAACGUUGCCUUUAUGCUUAUGCAUUACAUAUGUAUGCAUGAAUGUGAUAGAAAUAAUUUAUUUACUUUUUACAUCCA